AUGGAGCGCAGGAGCAAGGAGGACUUCACGGUCGUGAGCGUCAUCGCCAGGUCGUGGACCCCGAGUUGGUGGGAGGAGCCAGAGGCGAAUCUCCGGCGCUACCAUGAAGCACUCCCUGGGGCUUGCUCGGACGCGGUGGACGCGGUGGGCGGGGAGCAGUGCCGCCACAGCCACGCCCACAACGGGAUAUUCCACACGCCCUCCACGCCGCAGCCUUUUCCUGACAUGAGCGAUGCCAAAGUGAAGCACAUCUUCACCGACCCCGCGACGUGGCUAUCGGCGGGACUGUUCAUCCACAGUCCGAUUACCAGCCCGCACGACUUGAAGCACCUGAAGGAUUUGGUAAUGCUUCUGGCUGCCGUGCCAGAGAACAUCCAGCUCUACUUGCCUGGACCGCCGCCCGACGCGGCAGACCACGUGCGGUUCGCCUGGGGCAUGGCGCAACGGAUGGUGCAGCACUUCGCGCGGUACGCCUCGACCCAGGCCACCUACCAGACGACGCAGACCUCCAGGGACAGCCUCGCGGACGGCGGGCCGGACACCCCAGCGUCCGCCUGGAGCGCGGCGCCGUCCCAGGCGGGAGGCGCCGCCCACAGCUUGCAGCCCAGGCUGAGCGCGAAGAUCAACGCCACGCGCAUGGCGAGGCUGGAGCGCCCGGGCCUCCAGAUGCUCUGGGUGCUGCUGGACCAGUCCAUCGCAGCGGUAACCCACCCGCAGAACGCGCGGUUCCCCGAGCGGAAGCGCCUGGGCCUCUUCGCGGCGGUGGCCUUCGCGCACCGGCUGGAGCUGGCCGCGGGCAAGGCCCACGAGCCAAAGUGGCUCGUCAACAACCGGCGGCACUGGAAGCCCGAGUGCGGGGCGGCCGCGGUGGGCACGCCAGACGAGCCUGGCCUUGGGCCGGGCACGUACCUCCGGCGCACCUGCUCGGCGGAGGCGUGGGCCUACGACCAGGUCACGGAGGACAAGCACUCGGUGCUCGAGGACACGGUGCGGCUGGAGGUGGCGGGCGGGAUGGAGCCCGCGCCGCUGCCGCACUGGGGCGCGGUCGCGCAGGUGCUCGAGGAGCGCGGCCGGCUGCUGCUCGUGGGCGGCCCCGGCUCGGGCCGCUCGCUGGCGGCGCGGGCCGUGCUGGCGCACGUCGUGCAGGAGCAGCUGGCGAGCGGCGACGUGUCGAGGCUGCCGCUCCGCGUCUCCGUGGGCGAGCUGGCCCGGCUCUGCCUCGACCGGAGCUUGGCGGACCCGCUCCAGGAGCACAUCGUGAGCACGGCCGACCCGGACUUCGGGGUCUGCCUGUCCUGGGCGACGCCGAGCCCACCGCCGUGGACCGCCCGGUCCGGACACCAGGUUGUUGCCACCCAGGACCAGCUGGUGCUCCUGGGCGGGCUCUCCCGCGAGGGCCGCUGCCUGGGCGACGCGUGGGCGUCGAAGGACGGCGGCCACUGCUGGGAGCCGUUGCCCGGCCCUCCCUGGUCCGCCCGGCACGGCCACCAGGCCGUUGUCUUCAACGGCGCCGGCGGCGAGACGAUCCUGCUGUGCGGGGGCACGGACGAGAACCAGCGGAUGCUUAGAGACGUAUGGGAGUCGCGGGACGCUGGGAUGAGCUGGCAUCAGUUGCCUGAUGCCAAGUGGAAGGCGCGGUGCAACUUCCAGAUGUUGGUGGCACCGCUGAAGGUGAGCACCCGCACCGCGAACCAGAUCGUUAUCGUCGGUGGCCUGGACACUGGCCACAAGCCACUGCAGGACGCCUGGGUGUCCGAUGACCACGGUCUCGGCUGGAAGGAGCUGGAGAGGCCGGCAUGGCCCGCGCGCUGCGGGCACCAGGCCGUGCUCUUCCAGGACAACAUUUUCGUCAUGGGCGGGCAAGGCGAGGGCGGAGCCAAGCUCAACGACGUGUGGUUUGCGGCGGCGUCUGGCCCUUGA